UACCCAGCUGCUUGGGUGGCGGGAAGGUGGGGCUCGAGGUCACGUGCAUGUGGCCGGCGUCCACUCCCGGUACCCAGGUCCUGUGGCCUAAACCAAACUGGCUCUUGUCUGUGAGGCGUGGCCUCGGCUUAAGCGCUCCCAAGUGGGCUCCGGGCUGCUCAGGCCCUCGUGGCUAGGGAGCAGGCGAUGGGGGCGGAGGCGGGGCCGACGAGCCGGGCUGUGCUUGGAGGUACCCCAACUUAAUCUCCCAUGCAAGCCUCGCGGUUGCAAAGCCGGAUGGGAUAGUCAGGUUUUCAGAAAUGACUUGAUUGCCGUGACAAUUCAAGCUCGGCUUCUGGGGAUGUGGGUUCAAAAAAUGGCUCAGCCACUUAAGGGUAGUGAGAUCUUGAUAUAAAAUGAGGUGGCCACAGAGGUCUGUGAUUCGGUGAAAUCACUUACAGUCUUUGCAUCUCAGUUUUCUUAUCUGUAAAUGGAGGGUUGGACUGAAUCUCUAAGAUCUGUUUAACUUAUUAUCUAUGAUCCUUUAAGCUAAUUAAAUUUCCAACUCGAGCUUCAUCCCACAGAUUCUUAUUUUUGUUUUCUGCAUCCAGAUUACAUUAUUUUCAUCGAUCCUGGACCAUUCAGGGUUAAUUGGAAUUGAUCGUCCAAUUUCCAAAUGCAACAGGAGCCCAGAGAAUGUGGAGAGGAGACCCCUUCCCUUUUGUGGGGUUUGGAUCCUGUGUUUUUAGCAUUUGCAAGAUUGUAUAUAAAAGAUAUACUGGACAUCAAAGAGUCCCAGCAAGCUCCAGGUUUAUUUUUUUACAAUGGGCACCCAAUAAGACAAGUGGAUGUUUUAGGGACAGUGGUUGGAGUGAGAGAGAGAGAGUCAUUUUACAGCUAUGCAGUGGAUGACAGUACAGGAGUUAUAAACUGCAUCUGCUGGAAAAGCUCACAAGGUACCAAGUCAUCUACAGUUUGCUCCAGUAUGGCUGGUGGGCAGAAUUUAACCUCACUGUUUAGGAAACUACAAGAAAGCAUAGAUAAGAAAACUAAAUUAGAAAUUGGGGAUGUUGUUCGAAUGAGAGGAUAUGUUCGUGUUUACAGAGAGCAACGAGAGAUCCAUGCCUCCCUGUAUUAUAAAGUAGAUGAUCCAGUGUGGAAUGUUCAAAUUGCAAGAAUGUUGGAGCUUCCAGAUAUCUACAGAAAAGUUUAUGACCAACCCUUCUCAAAUGUUAAAGUAGCAAAAGAAAAGUCAGUGAACAAUCCAGGUAAUCUGGACCUUUUUAGUCAAACAAGUUUGCUGAGUGAAAAAAUCCAAGAAUUCCUUGUUGAAAACAAGGUGCAUACCUUUUACCAACAAGAGCUAGAAGCUGUGGAGUCUUUGAUGGCUACAGCCAAUCAGCCUGUUGUUGACAGGUCCUGCUCUGAACAGGUGACAAGUCAAGAUAAGGAACUGCACAAAAAAAUCCUCGGUAUCAUUCAAAAUGAUUGCCAGAAACCAAGGCAUUCUGAGAAGGGUUGCCAUUUCCUUCACAUCUUGUCCUGCGCUCGCCUGCAUCACGACCCCAACAUGAGUGAGGCGAUGCUGCAGAAGGUUUUGGAUCUCCUGGAAGACAAGAGUGAAAUAGUCAGCACAAUGGAAAGAUACUACACAGUGUUCUGAGAGGAAGGAAUUAAUUCUGAGGCAAGAUAGCCUCUUAGACCAGAAGACAGGGCAAGAGUUGUACCCAUCAAGAAAUCUGCUUUUGAAACAAGUCAUCUCAGGGACAUAGGAGAUGGAAUUCUUUUAUCACAUUUUAAAAUAUUUAAAUGGCUCCAACUUUGGUAGAACGUCACUUUGCACUGGAAUAUGAAAGCAAUUACUGUUGAAAAUACAGUUUGAUCUGUGUCAUUUAGUGACUUCUAGUUUGUAGUGGGGAGAAGGGAGAUAGCUUGGAAUUUAAAAUGUAACAUAAAAAUUAAAAAUAUAUUUUUUUAAAGAA